AUGGCUCAAUUAUGUGCUAUUGACCAUACUGAUCGUUUAUCUAAUGAAAAUCUCGUUCGACGUAUUAUUUUAAUUUUUAUUCCAGAUAUUCAAUCAAAUAGCCUUGGUGAUUUAAAUGGUCAACUAUAUAGAGCCGAUCGAAUUGUAUAUGUAAAAGCUAUUUAUUUGAAUUCAUACGAUUUGACACGUGUUAAUUGCGCUCAUCAACGACUCGUUGAUUCAAGACAAGUAUCAAUUGAACUUGUCAUUAUUACAACAACUUUCACCAUUGCUUAUUCUCAUGCGGCUGUGUCAUCGUCGAAUAAUAAUGGACACAGCUGUAUUCAGAUAUUGUCGGCGCUCGUUAACGUCGACAUGGUGCUAAACACAUUGUGGACACAAAUUGAAGUGGUCGAUUUAAUCAACGACGGGUCCGGACUUGGCUUUGGCAUAAGUGGUAAUCAAUCAACAGGUGUUGUUGUCAAAGCAAUCGUACCUGGUUCGAUUGCCGAUAAGGAUGGUCGUAUACAUACGGGUGAUCAUUUAUUUCAAAUAAAUCAUGUUUAUGUACGUGGUAUGAAUUCGGAACAAGUAGCUGGUAUACUUCGACAAUGCUCUGAACAAGUUCGUCUUGUUGUUGCACGAAAUGUACGUGAACCAACAACUGCAAUAAAUACUACGCCAUCAUUAUCUCAAAAUCCUUCAUUAAUAUCAGAAAACUUUAUUCGUACAAGAAAUUCAUCAUCAAUGAUUAUGGAUAAUGAUGGAAUCAUUAAUAAUUCACAAAAUAAAAUUCUUCUUCGUACUGAACGUUUACUUGAGAGCAAUCAUAAUUUAGAAAAAAUUCUCAAUAAUCUUGUUGAUCAGUGCCAAUAUGAAGAUGGAACAGAAGUAUUGGAUGUUACACUUGAAAAAGGCGACGAUGGCUUAGGUAUAACUGUUGCUGGUUAUGUCAGUUCUGAUUCAACAAAUGAUGAUGCUAUUGCUGGUAUAUUUAUUCGAGAUAUAGCUGAAGGAAGUUCAUGUGCACGUGAUGGUCGUUUAGCAAUAGGUGAUCAAAUAAUUGAAGUAAAUGAUCAAUCACUUAAUGGAUUUUCUAAUGUUCAAGCACUUUAUUUAUUACAAAAUACAACUUCAUCUGUACGACUGAAAAUUCGACGUUAUCUUGAUGGUGUUAAAUAUGAAAAAAUUAAAGAAAUGAUUUUUCUUGAACCUUCAAAUCAAGUUGAAGAAAAAAUUGAAUUUCAGAAUCAAACAAAUAUAAAUGAACAGAUACGUGAAAAAUGGAUAAAAAGUUUAGGAAAUAAUUAUGAAAUUUUUAUUAUUGAUAUCUAUAAACCUGAUAAUGGUAGUCUUGGAAUAACACUUGAAGGUACAAUUGAUGUUGAAAAUGGUGAAAAAAUUGGAGCACAUCACUAUAUUCGAACAUUAUUACCUGAUGGAAUUAUUGGAAUGGAAGGAACAUUGACACCUGGUGAUGAACUUUUAGAAAUUAAUAAUCAAAUUUUAUAUGGAAAAAAUCAUAUUCAUGUUAUUGAAAUUCUCAAACGUGUUAAAUACGACAUAAAACUUGUAUGUGCUCGUCGUAUAAUGAAACAAUCAAAUGAAACAAAUUUUAAAGCAAAAUCAAAUCGUUCUCAUUCAAUAACAUUUUGUAAAACAACUGAAAUAGCUGUUAAAGCUAAAAGUAUGGGAACAUUAGAUUCAACAAAUAGUUCAUUUUUACGAACAACUAAAACACGUUCAUUAGAAGUUAUUUCAAAUCUAGCUUUAUGGUCAACAUCUGUUUUAAAUAUUGAAUUAAAUAAAGGUGACAAUGGUUUAGGUUUUUCUGUACUUGAUUAUCAAGAUCCAUCAAAUCCAAGUUAUUCACCUGUUAUUGUUAUACGUGCAUUAGUAUCGGGUGGUGUUGCACAAUUAGAUGGAAGAAUUAUUCCUGGAGAUCGUUUAGUAGCUGUUAAUGAUAUUACAUUUGAAAAUAUGAAUUUAAAUGAAGUUAUUAAAAUAUUAAAAUCAACACCAAAGGGACCAGUAAAACUUAGUAUAUCAAAACCAUUACCAUAUCCAAAAUUUAAGAAUGAGAAUGAUGAUAAAGCAGUAACUGAUAGUGAUCAAGAUUUUAAUAACAAUCGACGUUUAUCCCGUAUUAGUAAAAGUAAAACAACUGCAGGAAUAGUAAAUAAUCAUAAGCGUUCUAUUUCCGGUCAUCGUUCAGUAAAUACUAAAUCAGUUGUUUCACCUGGAAUUGCUCUAUCAGCACCAGCUAUUCUUAGUAGACAUGAAUAUAUGGAAAUUUUAUUAAAUAAAGAAAAUAUAAUAGGAAAAUCUGACCAACAAAUAUUCAAUGAUAAUUGUCGUGAAACAAUAUCUAAAAAAUCUUUAUCAUUUAAAAACAUUGAAAUUACAUCUGAAAAUGAUCGUCAAUCAAAAACCAUUGAAGAACGUCAUGAUUUAUUACCAUUGAAUAACUAUCAAACAGAUUUAUCAUUAAUAAACAAUCAUAUCAAUCUACCUGAGUUUAUUAAUUUUCAGUCAGAUCAUCUUGUUCUUACACCACAAUUAACUUCUCAUCCAUUGAAUGAUCGUUUACGGAAUGCAUCUACAUUUGCAACAACUAAAUUUAAUCGACAAUCAAUGCUACCACAAACAACAACAGUUUGUACUGGUAUUCAUUCGCCUUCAAAACGUUCAUUUCGAUUAAGACAUUCAUAUGAUACAACUAUGUAUUAUGAAAAACAACAUCAACCAAAAUAUUCUAAACGAUCAAUAGUGAAUAAAUUUGACUCCAUGUCAUGUUUCAAUGAACCUGAUUUGAGUAGCGACGAUAAUAAUAAUUUAAGUAAUUCAUCUUCAUCAAAUCAUCGACAUUCGGCUAAAAAUAUAAUUCAUUCAAGACCAAUUGUAGAUGAUGAUCUAAGUGAAAUUGACAACAUGAAUCAACAAGAUGAACUUUUAAAUAAUGAUAUAAUAACAACAACUCAAAUAUCGAAACGAAGUUCUUCAUCACGACAAUCAUCUCAAAUGGCAUCACCUGCAUUCUCAACUAGUUCUCAAUCUUCUGGACGUGUUAUUACAUUACUUAAUCAUGAAGUUGUACAAUUACCUAUUGAUCUAGAACGUGAAACAUUGAUUAAACAUAAUUUUGAUCAACUUGGUUUAACUGUUGAUGCCUCUGUUGAUGAAGGUGUUAAUGGCUGUUACAUACGUUCAAUAGCAUCGAUUAACACUUGUUUACAAGCAGGAGAUUUCAUCGUAUCAAUUAAUAAUGAAAAUAUGAGAAAAAUUAGCAAUGCACAAGCACGUUCAAUUAUUCGACGUGCUUCACUUAUUGGGUCAGAUAUUAGUGUUAUUUUCAUUGCGGGCGAGGAAGCUAAGCAAUAUAAAGAUCAAAUAGUCGAUUCACAAUUAACACCAUCUGAAAAUCUCGAUUCAGAUAUUGAAGUAAAUCAAUUAAAAGCAAUCACCAUUAAUGAUGAUGAUAAUGAUAAUGAUUCACAAAAUCUUCUUGAUAAUGAAAGUUUAUGUUCAACUUUAUGGGGACCACCUCGAACAGUUGUUCUUUAUCGUGAUGAACAAGUUAAAAGUUUAGGUAUAAGUAUUGUUGGUGGUAAAUUAGAUUUUUCUGGUCCUGGUAAUACUAUUGAAUCAUGUAUAUCAGGUAUAUUUGUAAAACAUGUUAUACCUGAUUCAAUAGCUGGACGUAAAAGUACAUUAAAAACUGGUGAUCGUAUUCUUGAAGUCAAUGGAUAUAAUCUUCGUGAUGCAACACAUGAUCAUGCUGUUGAAAUAAUACGUUCAGCACAAUCACCAAUUUAUUUUAUUGUACAAAGUUUAUUUGAUCCAUCAAGUCCUACAUUUCAUCCACAACAAAUUGAAGAGAAUCCAAUAAUUAAACAAUAUAAACAUUUAAAUGGAGAUGUUUUAUUAAUUGAUAUAAAAAGAGAUUUAUCAGAAAUAAACGAACCACUUGGUCUUUCUCUUAUUGGACAUCGUGAUCCAAAUCAAUUAGCUGUUUUUGUUUGUGAUAUUCAACCAAAUUCAUUACUUGGUCGUGAUAAUCGUUUACGAUUAGGUGAUCAAUUACUUCAAGUCAAUGAAGAAAUUCUUUUAGGAAAAGCUCAUUCAAUAGUAACAUCAAUUAUUAAGUCAAUUAAAUUAGAAACAUUGAAUUUCGUAAUACUUCGAAAUCCUAAUGCAAUUAAUGAUAUGGCAUUAAGAAGUCCAUAUAGACCAAUUCAACAUCACGAUAUUAGUCAUGUCAAUGAACAUAAAGAACAUGAUGAUCGAUUAACAUCAACAUCCGUUUUUCCGCUUAAUAAACAUCUAUUUGAUAAUACAGAACAUAUGAAAAAUAAGCAUUCAUCUAAUCAAAUCAAAACAACGAAUGAUAUUGAAAAUGAAAACAUCAAUAAGUUAACAAAUAAAAAUUCUUUUUAUUCUCUUUCUUCUGAUGUCAAUAAUAUUUUACUCAAUCAACAAAAUAUUGAUUUUUUGCCAACAUUAUCAUCAAACAUAUUAACAAAUAUAAACGACAAUAAAAAUCCUCAGAUUAUUUCAAAUGCUCCUUUACCAAUAAUUAGUAAACAAACAGUAGAAUAUAAUAUAGAAAUGAACGGAUCAUUUGUAUCCCAUAUUCCUAUGAUGUCAUCAUCAAGUUCUUCUUCAUCAAUUUCAAUUCCACCUCCAACAUUAAGUCAGCCGUCUGAUAUUAAACCUGAACCUGUCAUUAAUAAUAUUAACCAAACAGAAAAUGACCCUCGUACAAGACCUAUUGUUAUUGGACAAGAAACAUUAAUUGAAAUUGAUCGUGGACAAUCUGGCCUUGGACUUUCAGUCGUUGGUGGAUCCGAUACACAAUUAUCCGCGAUUAUUAUUCAUGAUAUUUAUGAAGGUUGUGCUGCACAACGUGAUGGUCGUUUACUUGUUGGUGACCAAAUACUUGAGGUUAAUUCAAUUGAUUUACGUUCGGCAACACAUGAAGUCGCUAUUCAAGCAUUACGACAAACAACAAGUAUUAUUCGUAUGGUUAUAUUUCGUGGUGAAAUGGUGAAUGAAGAAAAUAAAUUUGAUAUAAUAACAGUUGAUUUUAUUAAAAAAUCAGGCAAAGGACUUGGAUUUAGUAUCAUCGGAAGACGACAUGGAUAUGGUGUAUUUAUAUCUCAUAUUAUUGAAGGUGGUUCUGCAGAAAAAGAUGGUCGACUUAUGUCAGGAGAUUUAAUUCUUGAAGUAAAUGGAAAAGAUUUACGUACAGCUGCAUAUGAACAAGUUGCUUAUACACUAAAGACACUUCCACAUAGUCGUGUUUAUAUUAAAAUAGGACGUUUAAAAGCAAAUGCACGUGAAAAUUUCGUUUCAAACGAACCUAAGACUCGAUCACGCUCAUCAUCAACUAAUAAAACAAAUGAUAGAUAA